AUGUACAAUUUACGAACGCAGAGACGGCAGCCGAGAGGUCAAAAGAGCGACGGAGUAGCCCCCCCGCCCAAGCCUUCAUCAAGAACGUGGACAAGAAAUCCUCUGCAGAACCAGCAGGACGAGUGGAAAAGCGCUCAAGAUGCGUGGACAAGCGCCCAAAACAUCUGGAAUGCGUCUACAAAACAGGACGUGACCCUCCAUUUUGAGAUGGACAUUGCGCAGGAUGUCGAGAGUAAACUAGAGGAGUUCUCAGAGCUGAAGAGGCUGGGCCAGUUUCAUGCUGCCGAACAAUUUUACCAGGAUUCGUUGGAGCCAUUCUCAAACUUCUAUCCAAUUGCUAUAGAGUACGCUGAUAUGCUUGUCGAGCAAGGGGCUUACGAGCGACUGCAGCAAUUUAUGGCAGCAAAAAAAGAAUUACUUCCGAGUACAGAGCAAGAUCCAGAAGACAACCCACUCCAGGGAGGAGAGGUCAACGAAAGGUUCAACCUGCAGCUCAUUGCGGCAUAUUCUGCUAUCCACACUCACGGCAGAUUGAAAGAGGCGUACGACCAGGUGCUGUCUGUGGGGAACGCUAUUCGUUCGAUGCCAGGCGAAAGUCUUUCUGCCAUGGUUUGGGAGCCUCCAGGAGUAAGAGCCUCGAGCCAUGUCAGACGGGAUAUAUUGACUUAG